UAUCUACUUAUUCUAUCUAUUCUCUUCUCUUCUCUCUCCUACUCAAUAGCUCCAUGUCUUGCCAAAUAACAUUCACAUGUCUUUGUUUUUGGUGAAAAAAGAUCCACUAUUUCCAACUUUUUGCUAGAGGUUGCUUCUCCACUAAAAAUUUCCCCUCAUCAUCCACACACCAAACUAAUCUCUUACUGCGCUAAUGCUCUGAAACCUACGCUAGCUUUCGCAGCCACUCAUAAAUAGUUCGUUCGGAAGCUUGCCUCUUAUUUCCAAGCCUCAGCCGUCAUGAAUCCUGUAAUUCUCUUUCUUCUUUUAUCUUUGUUUACACAGUUUUCAGAAAUUGAGCCAGCAAGACCAAAACCCAAAUUGCCAGGGAAGCUGGUGCAUCCCAACCCCGAAAUCACUGUCAUGGGCUUUGUUUAUUGUGAUACGUGCUCCAACAACAGCUUCUCCAGACACAGCUACUUCUUGCCUGGUGCCGAAGUCAGAAUAGAUUGCGUUUUUAAGGCACUAUCAGCGAAAACUGAAGAACAGAUAUCAGUUUCAGUGAACAGAACAACAAAUAAGUAUGGGAUGUACAAGCUGGAAAUACCAUCAGUGGAUGGAGUGAGAUGCGCUGAAGAUUCUGAACUAGUGUCUUCCUGCAAGGCAAGUUUAAUAGGCAGCUCAUCCUCUGCAUGCAAUGUUCCUGGAUACAGAACCACUUCUGAUGAGAUAGCAAUCAAAGCAAGAAGAGCCAAUCUCUGCAUAUACAGUCUAAAUGCUUUGAAUUUCAGACCAACUAGAAGGGACAUCACCUUGUGCGGUAAUUGAAACUACGGAAGAGCUUGCACAAGUAGCCAGAGUACUAGCAUACUAGGUGACUUGUGUACCCUUUCCAAGAAACCUAAAACCCAUAUAUAUGCUGGUCUCUCUUUUAAUUAGCCCAUCAUAAGGGCAUAUACUUCUCUUUUCUUCUCUUCUGUUUUCUUACUUACUUGCUUGGCUCUGGAGUUUGUGUGCAAAUCAAAGAAGAAAAGUUGGUUUAGGUCCUUGUUUAAAUGCAUCAGAUGUAUAUAGAAUCUCUCUGUCUGUCUGUGUGUCUGUCUGUCUGUCUCAUGAAACUGUAAAGAACAAGCAACUUGUUCGACAAAGUGCUUAUGUUUUUCGAGGGGGUUGCAGUUACAGAAAAGAGAAAGAAAUUGUUCUA